UAGGUUAGAUCUCCCAAACUUGUCCACGUCAUUUUUAGCCAACCAGUGGAACAGAAGACCUGUUAUAGAUCAACUUCAAAUGCAAAAAAUAAAUGACAACAUUAAGAAUACCAUAGUAUAUCCUACCUAGGUUGUAAUUAACUGGUGGGUUUUCUUCAUUGUGUAUUAUUCAACACUAAAUACCUGCGAGUACAUUAGUAGUUGACUUUGACUUCUCUCGUCAAUCUAUCUAUCUACCCUAGGUAGUAACACGAUCAGAUCGGAUCGAUCGUAUCACAAAGCCUUUGAAUAUGGGAAUGAAAGAGGACCUUGGCUCAGACCCCCCGUGUCACCCACGUGCAUGCGCGAUACAAGAUUGCCUUGGGAAGAAUGGAUAUAACGAGGCAAAAUGUUCACAUUUGGUCGAUGCCCUUUACAAGUGUUGCGAUGCCUUCUACCAAAAACAUGGUGAUUACGCAACUAGUGUCUGUUGCCCGAAAGCCAGUCUUCUACGAUUGAAGAUGAAGCAAAGACAGGAACAGCAGGAUAAAUAGAAUCAACGAUGAUCCUGUGGUCUUCAACUGUAAUCAUAUCAUAUGUAUAUAGUGGGAGUGGUGUAUGUAUGUUCGGUAUUCAAUGGGAUGGAGGAGCGUGGUUAUGUUCUACAACUCUUUAUUCACGUCAACCUGAACAAAGAAGGCAGGCAACAUUUACAGAGAGUAGAAAUCGUUCUGGGCGAUCAUUGAGCGCGCAAGAGAUCCGCAUGGGACCUGGACAAGCAUUGAAAAAGAAAUAUCUAGCUUGUCCCGAGACUCUAAUAUGAAUGCCGGUGACAUUUAUGAUGAGAGAAAAAGGAAAAAACAUUGAAAAUUUUGGGUGAGAAUUUCUUACUUUGUACUCUGUGGAUGGGCGGGUCCGAUGGGGCUAAUUCUCUAUUGUGAUUGGUUAAACUCAAUGUGAGUUUGUUCUGUGG